AUGACCAUUGCAAUGGCCCCGGCAAGAGAAGAUACUGGGGGACACGGGCAGGUGCUGCUGGCAGUGAGUGGCUGCCUCUGCAGCUCGGAUGGCUUCUCCUGCUGCCUGCCGCCACUGCUGACCCUCGCCCAGGAGGCAGCAGGUUGCCCAGAGGAACAAGACUUGGUGGAGGAGAAGAGGCAUCAGCUUCCCGUGGCCCCGUGUCUGCCUCUGGUAAACACCUCUGAGAAAAACUGCUUUGAGCUAACGGGCACCACUUGUCCCAAGAAUCCCCUGAAGGUCCUUGGGUGGGAUGAACUGGACCACUCACAGCAUUUGGGCCCUCAGAGCCAGCAAUGCCUCCCUGGAGAAUCUUGCCCGGUCGCUUUCACCAGGCAACAACAUCACCAUGAAGCCAGAGACCAGCAUGAACACGGCAGCCACUGCCCUCUCAGGAUCCCUUGGUGUUGUGGGCCUCCUCUUGCUCCUGGACUAUUUAAGAAUCAACUGAGACGUCAGACCAAUUUUCUCCACAAACCUUUGGAUUCUUCCUGCCAAGCUGAGGCUGUGUAUUGCAACGUGGCCCCCUGGAAAGAGGAAGACUUCACCAUCUAUGCCAAUAUGCCCCAAUUCGAUUGCCCCAGGAGGACAAGGAAGACACCAGACCAAGUGGAAUAUGCCUCUAUUGUAUUCCGCUGAUGGGACCUGGGGCACUGCGAGUGGCGGGGAAAGGACUCUGGAUCCAAACACCACUCCCGUUUUUGAUGUGUGAAUAUAUGUGUGUUUCUAAAAAAUGCACAAAACACUUGUGGGUGGAGGUUGAUGGCUAGGUAUUGCUUCUAACUUACUGGAGUCAAAGUUUGGUCCCAGUGGGAAGGAGUGACAUAGGAGACACAAAGACAUGCUUGUUCAUUGUUGUUGCCAGCUCUCCCCAAGUCCAGAGACAGGUUGUGAGAUGAAGGGGCCAGCAGCGUGCUCUCCCAAGGCAAAGGAGGUUGGGGUGAGGUGGUAGAUGCUUCCCAUCCAGGAUGUGGCUAUUCUGCCAUGCCUGGAAGUGACACCCUGUAGGACAGCAGACACACACUUGCGUAGGUGACACACGAUUGACUCUCUGCUGGACGGGAUGCCCCCAGUGGGGAGCAGGAGGGCUGCGGGUGCGUGGGAAGAGCUUCUUACUGGAGGACUUGGUGCCAUCUGGGAAAGAACUGGGGAAAGAACAAGAGGUAAGAAGUGGGCAGCACUCACUGCUAGCCUCGGGAUUUGGGGCGAUGCCUGGAACUUUGUAAUUGAUUUGCUCCUUUGUCCCCCCCAAAACAAAUCUGUGUUUAGCACUUCUGUGCUUAAGGUCCUGGAACUAUAACAAGGAACCCUACAGACAAAACAUUAUCAUCAUAGAGCGUACCAUCUAGAAUGAACAAAUGUACA